AAGAAUAUCAUGAUUGCUCCUGAAUGCAUGUUGGUUACGUCUUUCGUCUUGAAGUGUAGAUAGGUUACCAUGUUGAAGAACAGGAGUCUUCGGUGGUACUAAGCUAGAGUGGUAGGCUAAUAAAACGGGUACUUUGGAUUGUUGGAUAGAAUAAAUUCUGUAAAGGAGAGAAUAAAAUCAUUAAAGGUUGUUGUUUAUGUCGGAGUAGUAAUCCACAUGUGUGAUUCAUGGCAAAAGCUUAGUCAAUUAUGACGGCUAGGUGCUCCUUAAUCUGGGGGUAUUCUCUUCUUUUGUUUGAAUUGAAAUGAACUUCUAAGAUAAUUUUCAUGCUUGGAAGUUGAGUUUUACAAAACUAGCUAACGUUUACUUGAAUAGAUUUUGGGCUGUUCUAACCUCCUUGUAGAGCUGCAAAAAGUUUCGGUUGCAGAUUGUUUCAUCUAAACUUGGUCUGCUUUCCAUAAUUCUAAGAGGAUAGUUAUUCAGAGUUGUCUUUCCUGUAAAUAGUCCCUCUUGGAUGGAUUGGACUUCAGUGGCUCCUUUGCCGUGGGACUACAGUUGCUUGCCUCUUGUCAGUGGAAAAGAAGAUGAGAAUCUAAAACCUAUCCAACAACUUGACCGAGUCUAUGAUCCCCAUUGGACUACCAGUUACUGGAAUGACAAUGGAUCAGUAUAUUCAUCCAGCAAUACUGAAUUUUCUGGUUCAGAAAUAGGUAAAUUUCAACCAAAAAGCUUCUUGUCAGUAUCUAUUGGUCUACCGUCCAAGGCAGGAACCAUAACACCGCAAUCAACCUUAGCUUUAGUGAAACAACCUCCUGAGAGCUUGAAGGAGAAUAAAGACGUGGACAGGGUGGACGCCAGCAUUCUUCAUAGGGUAGUGGUUCCAUGUAGUAGUAAGAAACCUCUUAUUAGUCCUAAGAUCUGCAAGGGGACGUAUUUGGAAGGUAUGUCUGAAGAAAGCAACAUAGAUUCUUCUUAUUUGGUGUCCAUGAACCUCUCCAAUGGUUUGGUUAAAAAAGUAAAGGCAUCACAGCAGAACAUAAAGAAUUCAUAUUGCCAAGUUGAUGGUUGUAAUGCAAAUCUCAGCAGUUGCAAAGACUAUCACAGGAAGCAUAGAGUCUGUGGAAGCCAUUCCAAGGCUCCCAAGGUUAUUAUUGAUGGGCAGAUCUGCAGGUUCUGUCAACAAUGUAGCAGGUUUCAUAAUCUAUCCGAGUUUGAUCAGAAUAAACGAAGCUGCCGAAGACGCUUAAUUGAACAUAAUGCUCGACGACGCAGACAAUUUCCAAAGACAAUUUCAUUUGGUUCGGCCACAUUUUCUUCAUCAAGUUAUGAUGAUAGCUGGCAAACAAGUUCCAUUGUUGGUCAGCUUUCUUUUGGUCAGGUGACAGAUAUGGACUGUCACAGAUGGGCUGACUUAAGUGGUUUUGACCUCAGUCCUAAUGGAUGGGUAACUUCAAGUAGAUUAGGAGGCGCUAAUGGACAACUACAUUUUCCCAAUGCUGGAGUAUCAAAAAACAUGUUAACUGUUCACCAUGAUUUCAAUAAGUUAUUGCCUUUCAAUGACAUGAACGCUGAGUCAUUCAAUAAAGAUCCAGUAGCACCUGCUUGUGCUUAUAAAUUCAAUGGAGCACCGAAUCCGUGUGUUCUCUCUCUUCUGUCAACUGAAUCUUGUUUUCCACACAAGGCACAAUCGAAUUUCGAGUUUGUGAACCCAAUCAGUUUUGUAACAACUCAGACUAAAGAAACAGGCGGCAUCUGGCAAGAACAGCAGCCACCGAUCAGACUAGACAUGCAAAACAAUCUAAGCUAACUCUGGGACUUCCAAUUACACAGGACGCCCAAGGAGUCCUUCGACUUCAAUCGGAUGUUAUGAGCACUUUAAGGAGAGCCAAUCUGAAUGUUUUCUUGUAGAUUGAGUGUAUUGUACUGUACGUAGUCGUAGUUUCCACUUUAUGAUCCCAUGUACUCGUCGUUUUGAAGAAUCCUAGGUACUGGAAAUUUUAACUUCAAAUGAUCGCCCAUUAUAUCUUUUCAGA